UAAUUGUACAAGAAAAGAAAUUACAGUAAGAAAUAAAGAGAGAGAAAUUAAGAGACCUCCAAUCCACAUGGCAAAUGAAGAGAGAAACUUGGAGAUUGAAAAGAAAAUAUCCAACAUAAGGUUCACAAAGCUUUUCAUCAAUGGAGAGUUUACUGAUUCCAUUUCAGGGAAAACAUUUGAGACUGUAGACCCAAGAACUGAAGAAACUAUAGCGAAAGUCGCGGAAGGUGAUAAGGAAGACAUCGAUUUAGCAGUGAAAGCUGCCCGGAAAGCGUUUGAUCAUGGAUCUUGGCCACGUUUGCCUGGUUGUGAGAGGGGUAAAAUAAUGAACAAAUUCGCGGAUUUAAUUGAAGAAAACCUUGAGGAACUAGCAACAUUGGAAGCGCUUGAUGCGGGCAAAGUUUAUAGUUUUGAGAUCGCCGUGGACAUUCCUGGUAUAGCCAAAGAAGUCCGUUAUUUUGCUGGUGCCGCAGAUAAAAUCCAUGGAAGAUCUUUGAAGUUGUCUAGUGUGUUUCAAGGUUACACGUUGCUUGAACCCAUAGGUGUAGUUGGUCUUAUAAUUCCUUGGAACUUUCCUAGUGCCAUGUUUACUCUCAAAUGUGCACCGGCUUUAGCUGCUGGCUGCACCAUGGUUGUCAAGCCUGCUGAACAAGCACCCCUCUCAGCUCUUUACCUGGCCCAUUUGGCUAAGGUGGCAGGGAUACCAAAUGGUGUUAUCAACGUUGUGACAGGAUUCGGACAUACUGCAGGUGCCGCUGUAGCAUCACACAUGGAUAUAGAUUGUGUUAGUUUUACAGGAUCAACUGAAGUUGGACGAUUAGUAAUGCAAGCUGCGGCGACAAGCAAUUUAAAAUCAGUCUCCUUAGAACUUGGGGGCAAAUCCCCGCUCAUGAUCUUUGAUGAUUCAAAUAUUGAACAAGCUGCAGAUCUUGCUCUCUUUGGAAGUCUUGCUAAUAAAGGAGAAAUUUGUGUGUGUACUUCACGCGUCCUUAUUCAAGAAGGGAUAUACGAUGAAGUUGUGAAAUCAAUAGUUGAAAAGGCGAAGAAAUGGGUCGUUGGUGAUCCAUUUGAUCCUGCGACUUGUCAAGGACCCCAAGUCGAUAGGAAGCAGUUCGAGAGAGUACUUUCGUAUAUCGAUCAUGGAAAACGAGAAGGUGCAUCGUUGUUAUUUGGUGGUAAGCGUUGCGGAGAGAAAGGAUAUUAUAUAACCCCAACAAUUUUUGAAAACGUUACGGAUGAUAUGAUAAUAGCGAAGGAGGAAAUUUUUGGUCCAGUUAUAGGUCUUAUGAAAUUCAAGACAAUUGAAGAGGCAAUCACCAAAGCUAACAAGACUUCAUAUGGUUUAGCAGCCGGGAUCGUAACUAACGACUUGAAUAUAGCCAACAGGGUAUCGAGAUCAGUUCGGGCAGGCAUGAUUUGGAUAAACUGCUACCAUAAUUUUGAUGCAGGGUGUCCAAUCGGAGGAUACAAACUGAGUGGGUUCGGAGGAAUGGAUCAUGGCAUGGAAGCGCUAGAAAAAUAUCUUCAAACCAAAGCCGUUGUCACACCGAUAUAUAAUUCGCCGUGGUUGUAAAUCUUCACCUUUUUAGUAGGCAUGUUUGUUUGUAGAUUAUGGAAAUGUAAAGGAUUAAUAGACAUCUCAUUAUGUAUCACUUUUCAUUAAUACAUAGAUAUAAGUCAUAGCAUGAUUUCAUAAA